AUGGAACAGAUUGAAGAGCAAUCCAAGUACCUUGAUGAGGUGGAAGCGGCCAGCAGCUGCGCGAACCGAGACGAGGAUGGCAAUCAAAUCAAAUCAAAGGCGAAAUUGAGAAGAGCUCCUCCAAGGAUACACGUCAGCCUGCUUGUCAAGGAGCAGGAGGCCAGCUUCAAUGCGGCGUUCUCUGGUAGUGUUCACGAUGCUCUCCUGAAGCAGCAGCGUCAAACUUUCGAGGCAAGCAAUGCCGUGACCAAGUUUAUAGAACUGCAAUCAGAGCAGAUGAAUGUCUCCCGGCCCUUCUACAACAUGCCUAAUCAUGACGAAUUCUUCAGGGACGUCAUUGACCCCAAGGAUCUCGAGGCCAUUGGAGUCGCAGUCCUCGUCCCACACGAGCACCGCCAGGAGAUGCUCGACUACGAGGCCGAGCACUGCCCUGAUUGUUUGUACAACUCCCACAUGCAUCGCUUUGGCAACAUUGACAUGAUCAUCCCGGGUGUUGCUGACGAGUUUCUAGCUAUCGCUCCCGAAGGCGGGCUAGAGCUCAGCCCUGAAAAAGAAUUCUACGGGUUACUUACCUACCGAUACAUGCCCAUGGACAGCUGCAGCGUGCAGAUGGAUUACCUCUCCGAUCCAGAGUACGGUCCAUUGUUCGAUACUGCCAUCCUCUUGGACCAACCACUUAUUACCUAUGUCGCUGUCACAGGGGUUCCGUACGCUCAAGAUGAUCAUGUCUUGCGAAUGUGUCGGUUUGCGUCCAACUGCCUCAGCCUCUUUGCCACCACCUUGCAUCGUCUGGAAGACACAGUGAGUAGGGCCGAUCUGAGACUUCGAGUUGGUAUACAUUCCGGUGAAGUCACUGGAGGGGUCCUCCGUGGCUUGAGGUCGAGGUUCCAGUUGUUCGGGGACGCAAUGAAUACUGCCUCUCGCCAUGAGACCACUGGGGCGCCAGGACGGGUUCACGUGUCCAUUACAUCUGCUGACCUCAUCAAGGAGAACGGACAUGCGGAUUGGCUUGAGAAACGAGAGGACAAGGUGGUGGCGAAGGGCAAAGGCGAACUUGAAACUUAUUGGCUGAAGGUCAAUGUCGUCGAGGCCCAGACAGAAACAACCUCAAGGGUCUCCUCGGUCAAUGGCUGGUAA